AUGUCGCGCCUCACACGCAGAGCCAGCGCAAUCCAGCUCCUCUCGCUCAACGCCGAGCAGGCGCAGACGGAGCAGCAGGCGCUGCACGCCGAGGUCAACAGCCUCAAAGACGCGCUGAAGCGGAGUCACACUGCGUACAGCAUGCUGCGCGACGAUGUGGAGCGGUUCAAGGGUGUUGUACGGACGCAGAACGUUGCGCUGACAGGAUUGCGGGAGGAGGUGGCGGGUAUGAGGCGUGAAGUCGCUGCUCUGAGAGGCCCACCGGCAGCUGAGAAGCCUGCCAGCACGCCAGCGGAGGGGAGAGGGAGGGAUCAUGUAAGGAGACGAUGA